AGAACAAAUCGGAUUGGCCGGGCCAUGCAGGGCGCAGCCAAUAGGAGAGUGGAGCGGCCGCCGGUCGCGCGGGGGGAUGGAGGCCGAUGAGGCGCUGCUGGUGCCGCUGCGGGAGCUGGGGGUGCCCGAGGCGGCGGCGCGCCGGGCGCUGGCCCUGACCGGGAAUGUGUCCGCGGAGGCGGCGGCGCAGCUCUACUUCGGCGGCCUAGAGACGCAGGAGCAGGCGGAUGGCGGCGGCUGCUACAAGAUGGUGUUUGUGGUGAACACGGAGCUCGCCAUGGGCGUUGGGAAGAUAGCAGCCCAGGUUGGACAUGCAGCUGUUGGCCUGUACCAGUUAAUACAGGAAAAAUCCACUGGGAGGGAGAUGAUCUCUCAGUGGGAUGAAUAUGGUGCGAAGAAGGUUGUAGUUCAAGGAUCAAACACUGCCCACCUGAUGGAUUUGCAAGCAUUGGCUUUGAGCCUGGAGCUGCCAACAUACUUGGUGCAGGAUGCAGGGAGAACACAGGUUCCAGCUGGAUCUUACACUGUCCUUGCCAUUAUCGGAGAAGAAGAAAUAGUGAAUCAGGUGACUGGGAAGCUGAGGCUGUUGAACUGAGAGCAGCACCAAAGCCUAUUAUUGUGCGCUGUACCUGACUACACGCCGUGGAAUUUGCAAGCAACCUAUAUGCAACAUGGAGAAAGAAGCACCUGUUAACAGCAUCUCAGGUCCUUCAUCGAGUCAUGGGAACCAGACAGCUACUCCCCUUUCUGUCUGCUGAAGCUGCAGGGGAGGCAUGAUGCUAGGGUGAGGAGGCAGCACUCUUCCUUCCAUUUGAGGGAGUCUGUCUUGCUAGACCAGGACUGAGAGAGGUAGUAUUGCUGCGCUACUGCAGGUGGAUUAGAGAGACUGCUGCACAUUUCUACCUCUAGCUUCCCUAGAAAUUGUCUUGGAAAAACAAGGCUUGUAUUUUCUGAAACGUGCUUAUGAACAAGAUGAAAUUCUGACAGAUACCUUGCCUUUCCUUGAAAUCUCUGUGGUGAGCUUGUGGCUCUGUUCAUUCCCACUGUUCCCACCCUGAAAUUCUAGAGUUUUAUUGAAAUCCAGGGAAUGUGCACUGCCAUGCUUAGGAUGGGAGGGCUUUUAAUUUUUAUGGAGGUAUGUGUAUGUCCUUUAAUCUCUUGCAUAAAAAUGGGUUUCAAAUAUUGGAUGAUUAAAUGACUAAGAACAUACCCAGUUGUACUAGGUAGGUUUAUGGGGGUCAGCUAGAUCUGAAGGGAGAAUAAACCCUCCUGUUUCAGAGCUGGGAAGAAAUUUCCCUUAUGGGCAGGUUAUUCCAUGAUUGCCUUCUACAGGAAUUUCUUGCACUUACAUAUCUGAGACUGGCCAUUGUCAGAGAGGAUAUAGGACUAAAUAGACCCUUGGUUUGGCAAUUCCUAUCCUUCUAAAGCCUAUUCUGGCAGUAUAAACUGAACAGUGGCACAGAUGCAGGCUUGAUCUUGUUAUGAAAUGUACUGUUGAAAUAAUUACUCUAGGUGAGGAAAAUGGGCAUUAAAUUAGGAUUAAUAUUUCACAUUCAAGAGGGGAGGGAGGUAAUUUUUUCCCCCAGCCCUAACAUCCUGCUUUUAGGUCUUGGUUGUGGUUUUGUAGCACAUGUGCUUAGGUGGAAUUUCUAGUGAACUUUAUUCAAUCUAGUUGGUAGAAAAUAGCCCUGGGUGUUUUGGGCGACAGUAAUGGCUUUUAGUUAUGUGUAGGCUUGGCUGAUUGUGUCUGUCUGUAGGUACUGGCCCAUGGCGGCAGCAUCCAAGUUUGCAUGGUUCAAUAAUGGUGUUUUUUUUUUUCCUCCUCCCAUCAUAACACCUACAUUCCCAGUACACCGUACACACAGUUCCGGAAUUGGAAGAGGUGAAACUGGCUGUCCCAUGAAGUGGAACUUAAUACCUGUGGCCUGAACUUCCAAGACACCUUGUUUUUAAAUGUUACAUGUACUGAGAGGGGAAAGAAGCAGAGGCAUUGCUUUGUCAUUAGGCUUGUGACCAGAACCUGCUCAGACCUCCUGUAUUCCUAUGGAGAGGGUUUUGGCUUACAGGAUAUGGUCUCCACAUUAAACUUGGAUGCUUGUUAAUAAGCAAGGUGUUGACAUGCCUGAAUAGUUUCUUGGGGGUAAAUCCUCAUGCUUGUCUGUAGUGUCGGUGUUAGAACAUACGAAUGGCCAUACUGGGUUAGACCAAAGGUCCAUUCUGCCCUGUAUCCUAUCUUCCGACAGUGGCCAAAAAGGAAUGAACACAACAGGUAAUCAUCAAGUGAUCCAUCCCCCGUCACCCAUUCCCAGCUUCUGGUAGUGUAGGUGCUUAAAGUUCACUAACAGCACUUAUCUGUUUGUACUUCACCUGCAUAGCAAAUUUAAGACUUUUCAUCAAAUUGUAGGCAUGUGCCCAUGUUGCAGAUUGCAGUAGAACACACAAGCUGUUAUGGUAUUAAGAUCCUUUGCUGGAGUAGAGGUGACACAGAAUUUUUAUGGCAGUCACAAACUCCCUGAAGUCAGGGAUGACUUUUAAUGGAAACAAUGCCGUUAAGCACACAAUUGUCGAGUACAUAAGUAAUGUUGGAUAUUUAUAGUUAACUGUAGCUGCCUAACAACUGGUAGGUCUGUGUUCUGCAUCAUAUGCUCAUUUAAGGAGGGAAGAUUGAAGGUUUCUGAAUGGGAACUGAUGGGUGCCAUCUGAAUAAGAUACUCCACCUGUAAGAGUUGGAGGUGCCCUGUAGAGUGGUAGAAUAGCAUUACAAUUGAAGCACUAGACCAGGACUCAAGACAUCUGGAUCCAGUCCCUGGUUCUACCACUUUCUCCCUGUUUGUUUGCUCACUAUCUAUAGAAAUAGAGGGUGUAAAAGUACCUAGAUUUACAAAGCAAUGCUGCAGAAUAACCAUGCAACUUAUAUUGCACUAGUGGCAGAGGCUCCUCAUUAUGCCCGGUGCGGUACAAACCUGAUAUGGUCCCUGUCCCAAAAAGAGGUAUUUCCUGAUUGUUGUACUGUUCAGGUUUGGCUUUGUUACAAUUUGUUUGUUUGCCUUCAGGAAGAGAAUAGAAUAUUCCACUGCUGCUUUCCUUCUUCCACUUCCCUUUUCAUGGGGGAAGGGAGAGUGGUUCCUAUAGUUGCCUGGCUUAUUCAGUACUCCCUUUGAUGUAUGACUCGGGGGUGGUGGUGGUGGGGUAGUACAGGAAAUGCUCUUGUGGUAGAUUCUCCAUUUGCUUUGGCUAAGACUCUGGGAAAAGGAGAGAACCCACUAGUUCAGUGGGGUCCUGAAGCAGUUGCAUGUUGAAUGAUAAUUUGACUGUUUUGAACAUAUCUGAUAAGAAAAAAGUGCACUUGAAUUCUUGCCUGCUGAUAGCAGAUUUGUUUAGGCUUUUCCUGGGUAAAAUGUGAGCACAGCUGUCGGGUAUGAUUUGGUUACAUCAUCUGCUUUGGAAGAAUCAUCAGAUGAAAGCUCUGCAUAGUCACCCUUGUGCUCUAGAUAAAACCAGGAGGACGUGGCCCACAGCAGUUCAAGAUAUUCAGUGCCAGACUGUGUAUCCUUCCAGAGUUUGAGACUGUUCCAUGUGACAUCACAUGAUGAUGCAGCUAGAGAAUUUAAUGCUUAGGAAACCUUCCAACUUCCAGAGUUUCCCUAGAUUUUUUUUGGCAGGGCACUGUACCAGAGAGGUGGGAGAGAUUGGGGUGAGAUUGUCUGCAGAGUCUCAUCUGGCUCCUGCUGCUCUAGGUGGCACUCCAGUUGUCCUGUCUGCUGCAUCCACUGAGAGUAGCAACAGAGAAAUCUUCAAAGCAGCAGUAGUGAUGAGGUGGAAAAACCUUUGCCACAGCAGCUUUGCUAAAGAGGCAGUAGGUAGGUGAAGAUAUCGAGACUGUCUGUUGUGGGCCAGGUAUGGGUGGGGAGAUGGCAUUUGAAAGUGUCAUGGGGAGAGCAGGCCAGGGCAGUAUCCCCUUAGAGUGAAGGUAGCUAGACUGGAAAAUGGGGCAGGGUGCCUGCUGUAGUGGAGAUGUGGAUUUCACUGGAGAGUGCUGAGCAUGAGUUGACUCGCUGAGAAUCCUAAUGGUCAAGGCAAAGCUUGAAUAAACUCUGAAUUAAA